AGAGAGCAGAAGGGUCAAUCUUUCUUCUCCCACAAAGAAUCCGACUCUCUCUCUCCCUCCCUCCCUCCCUCACCUACAGAUCUCUCCUCUCUCUCCCUCCGACAUCACCGAUUAGGUUUCUCUCUCUAUAUCUCUUCCCCCACCCCGCCCUCUCAUCCUCUAUGUCUGCGUCUGGUCUUCUUCCCCUCUUCGAUUCGCUUCAGAUCAGCGUGUUUUUCAUCCGGGUUCUGCUUUUCUAGGGUUUCUUUAGGGCUUCUUUCUCGAUUCAUUGGAGGCGGCGGUUCGGAGGCUUUCUUGCUCGGUUUCCCCGUUAAUUUUAGAUACCCUUUUUGAUUUGCUUGAUCGUUUCGGUUUCUUGAGGCUUCGGGCAAGCGGCGGGAGCGAAAAAGCGCGUCCUUUUGGCUAGGGCUUAGUUGGUUGUCUUCUUGUUCGGUGUGUUCUUCUGGUUCUUCGGGUUUGGGGGAUUUUGUGAGAUGGUGAGCGCGGAGGGAUUGAGUGGGUCCCUGCCUACGGCGAAGCAAUAUGGAGUUACGAAGCCGAUUUCUUUGGCCGGACCUACCGAGGCGGAUAUUCAGAGGAGUGCGGAGUUAGAGAAGUUUUUGGUCAAUGCCGGACUUUAUGAGAGCAAGGAGGAGGCUGAGAAGAGACAGGAGGUUCUUGAUCGGAUUCGCGUGAUUGUCAAGGAAUGGGUGAAGCAUGUUACCCGUAUGCGAGGGUAUUUGGAUCAGAUGGUGGAGGAUGCAAAUGCUUUAAUCUUUACCUUUGGUUCUUAUCGGCUUGGGGUGCAUGGACCUGGUGCUGACAUUGACACAUUAUGUGUUGGACCAACUUAUGUGAACCGAGAGGAGGAUUUCUUCUUCAUUCUACAUGACAUUCUAGCACAAAUGGAUGAAGUUACGGAACUGCAGCCAGUCCCUGAUGCUCAUGUACCUGUGAUGAAAUUUAAGUUUGAUGGUAUAUCAAUUGACCUUCUUUAUGCAAGCGUCUCUCAAAUGGUUGUACCAGAAGAUUUGGAUAUCUCUGAUGUCUCUGUGCUUUAUGAAGUCGACGAGCCAACUGUUCGAAGUCUCAAUGGCUGCAGGGUUGCAGAUCAGAUUCUCAAGCUUGUUCCAAAUAUUCAGCACUUUCGGAUGACUCUUCGGUGUCUUAAGUUCUGGGCGAAAAGGCGCGGUGUUUAUUCCAAUGUGACGGGAUUUCUUGGCGGUGUGAACUGGGCGCUCCUUGUGGCUCGAGUCUGCCAACUUUAUCCCAAUGCUGUACCAAGCAUGCUGGUCUCACGUUUCUUCAGGGUUUACACUCAGUGGCGUUGGCCAAAUCCUGUGAUGCUUUGCCCAAUAGAGGAGGACGUACUUGGAUUUUCUGUGUGGGAUCCUCGUAAAAACCCUCGUGAUCGGACUCAUCACAUGCCUAUUAUAACACCUGCUUACCCCUGUAUGAAUUCCAGCUAUAAUGUCUCCACUAGUACUCUGCGUGUUAUGAUGGAGCAAUUUCAAUAUGGUAACAAGACAUGCGAGGAGAUUGAGCUGAAUAAGGCCCAAUGGAGCGCUCUGUUUGAGCCAUAUAUGUUCUUCGAAUCGUAUAAGAAUUAUUUGCAGGUGGACAUUGUUGCUGCUGAUUCUGAUGACUUGCGUUCAUGGAAAGGAUGGGUUGAAUCGAGGCUAAGGCAGCUGACUCUCAUGAUUGAGCGCGAUACAUAUGGGAAAUUGCAGUGCCAUCCUUACCCUCACGAGUAUGUUGACACAUCGAAGCAGUGUGCUCACACUGCCUUCUUCAUGGGUUUGCAGAGGAAACAGGGUGAGAAGAUAGAGGAAGGUCAGCAAUUUGACAUUAGGGGAACUGUUGAUGAGUUUAGGCACUCAAUAAACAUGUACAUGUUUUGGAAACCGGGCAUGGAGAUUUUUGUUUCUCAUGUCCGGCGAAAGCAGAUUCCAUCUUAUGUAUUCCCCGAGGGGUAUAGACGGGUUCGAUCAAGGGCUUCGGGUCCACAUCAGUGUGACAAGACCCCACCUGAUGAUGGUGAUGGGAACAAACACCACCUUAAGAGGAAGAAAGAUCUCGAGGGGGGCGAUAUCAAGCGAGAAGGUGCAGAGAAGCGCAUGUCCAUCAGUCCACAGAGAAGGGACGCGACAUCUCCCGAGACUGUCUGUAGUAACAAAUCAACUAAUAUAUCUUCUGAAUCUCCGACUGCAAGUUCUAACGGGAAAAAAGACACUCGUGAUUAUUCAACACUUGCAAUUAGAACCUCUGAGGGAAAGCCGAGAUCGAUGGAGGUUGAUGAACAGUGGCAGAGGGAUGAGGCAGUGGAACACGAGAACAAUGUUGAGGGAAGAUCCAGUUCCAAUUCGAGUGUUGUCUUGAUCCCUGCGUGUGAAGUUAGUUCUUACGAGGGUGUGGGGCUAGAGGGCAAUGGCAGUGCAGAUGGUAGUGCUGACGGGAGCAACAAUCCGGGGUCAUCAACUGGCGAUUCUUGUGAAGCAGACUCUGUGCUGUCUAUGGCGGGAUCAUCAGAGCCAAAUGCAUCGCUCGGAAUUGCACUCACAUCGAUGGCCGGGCUUGACCCAGAGGUGCAAAAGCCAGUGAUAAGUUUGACGGCAGGCUGAGCUUGGCAGCAACAAGAUAAAGAGAUAAAGAGGGUUAGAGUUUGAGGAUGAACCGACAGAGUUCCUGGUCAUGAAGGAAAAAAGGAGCAGAAAGCCAGCAGUUACUGGUAAGUACUUAUUAAUUGCUGGCUUUCGUUUGUUUCUUUUUCAGGCACAUUCCUCUGAAAACCCAAAUGAGGAAAGCAAAAAAAGGUGGGAAAAAAACAAAAAAAGAGAGGAAGAAAUCCUGCAAAUUUGUGCAAUCUCGAGCUCAUUCAGGAGACAACAGUUGUUUCAUAUGAUGAUCUUGUACAGUUUUAUAUUGAAGCUGAAAGGCUUGAUUCUCUCAAUAGUAAGUAGUAACCUAGUACUGAACUCUGCUCAUCGGAAUGUUUUGGGGGGAGCAUGUAGAGGGGUUGAAAUUUGAUUGGUGGGAGGGGCUGUGAUUGAAGGCUUUUUUCAUUCAGCUUUUACAAGUGUCGUGGUGUUAUGUAGGGUUAUAGCCAAGUGAUGUCUUUUAGGUUCUUAGGCCGUGGCAGUGUGAAGCAUGCAGGUUUCUUUGCCAUUCCCGAACUCUAUAACCCCGAUUGUACUCCUUGACAUGUAAUACAAAUGCUAUUUAACCA